UUCUCUUUCAUAUUAGUACAAGUUAUUUUCAUUUUCUCUUACAAAUUCAACCGUAAUCACCGCCAUUUUCAGCGGGAAAUUCACCUUCUCUCCAAAAUCCCAUUUUUUUUCUCUAUAACCCCACCCCCCACAACUUCACUUUCAUCAAUGUUUGCACGUUUGUCUCUCAUCACAUUCAACUGUAGCUCCUUUAAAUUUUGACUCUAAACUUUCAGGUACUCCGUUUUCUUCCUUGCUCUGUUUUUCUCAAUCUUGUUAUUCGUUCAUCUGUUGUUUGGGGUUUUGUGCUUGCUGAAAUUGAUUAGUUGAAUUGGAUUGGGUUGAAUCAGUUUUUUUUUGGGGUUUAAGGAGUUUUUCUAUCUAGGGUUUUUCUGGGAGCUGAAAUUUUGAUUAAUUUGAUGAGAAUUGCUGAAGUUCUUUGAUUAUUACGAAGAAAUAGCAUUUGGGGUGUCGGAAAAAUUGAAUCUUUUUGCGGGUUUAUUUGUUGAUUUUUGAUGGCUCAGUCUAAUUCUAAGCCACCUAUGAGUGGUCAUAAUUUUGGUGUUGGAGCUGCUUCUCAUGUGAGGUCUUUAUCUCAAUCGAGUAUUUUCUCGAAUAGUUGUUUGCCCCCAUUGAGUCCUUUUCCUCCUAGUGAGCCGGGGAUGGUGUCGGGUCAUUCUAGCUUGAAGGAUAUAUCUAUGGAGGAAGUAGAUGUGAAUUCUCAAGGUCUAGGAGUUGUGUCUUCGUUUACGAGGGAUGGUCUUCCUCCUCGGAAGGGGCAUCGUCGAUCUAAUAGUGAUGUUCCAUUGGGAUUCUCGGCUAUGAUUCAGUCUUCACCUCUGUUGAUGCCUAUAAGUGGUCAGAAGAUUUUUGGGAGAGCAGUGAGUCUUGGGGAUAGCAAUGGAAAGAUUGAUGAGAGGAAACCAAAGGGAGAGGUUACAGAUGAGUUGUUGUUUUCCUACAUGAAUUUGGAAAAUAUAGAGACAUUGAACGGUUCUGGCACGGAGGAUAGAGAUAAGGACAGCAUUGUCAGUGGGACAAAGCUAAGCGGUUGUGAGAGCAGCAAUAAUGAAGCAGAAAGUGUUAUGAAAGGGAAUACUGUUAGUAUCCAACCAACAAGUUUAAGGGAAGGAACCAAGAGGAGCGCUGAUGCGAAUAUUGCUCCAGCUGCACGUCACUUUAGGAGUCUUUCCAUGGAUAGUGCUAUUGGAAAUUUUCACUAUGGCGACGAGUCACCAAACUUACCAACUUCUCUGGUGAUGCGUUCUGGUCAGCUUUCACCAAGUAAUUCAGGAAAUGAAAGUUCGAGCAAGCACAAUCUUGACUUCGGAAAUGCUGAAUUUAGUGAAGCUGAGAUGAAGAAGAUUAUGGCAGAUGAAAGACUUGCUGAGAUUGCAGUUUUAGAUCCUAAGCGUGCUAAAAGGAUACUGGCUAAUCGUCUGUCUGCUGCUCGAUCCAAGGAGCGUAAAACGCGUUACAUCUCAGAAUUGGAACACAAGGUUCAAAAGCUACAGACAGAAACAACUACCUUAUCCACACAAGUUACCAUCCUGCAGAAAAAUUUUGUUGAGAUUUCAAGCCUGAACAGUGAGCUGAAAUUCCGCAUCCAAGCCAUGGAACAACAGGCUCAGCUUAGAGAUGGAGGCAUGAUUUUCUUUAACAGUUCCACAACAUCAGCAUCUCCUAUUGAAAAGCAUCCGAACUUCAAUAUUACCAAAUGCUGUGUCACCGACAGUCAAAGAACUCUGCAUGAGGCAUUAACUGCAGAAGUCCAACGUCUAAAACUUGCAGCUGGGGAACAUAGGGAGGAAGGACGGUUGCCUAAUAACAUGACACAACAGACGCCAGUAAAGCAUAAUAUGUUCCAGAUGCAGCGUCAACAGCCGAGUCAAAUGCAACAAUUAUCUGUUGGUAAAACACCUGCGGCUUCAGCAACACCUGCAUCUGCCUAGUGGGUGAACAUAAAGCCUUGAGGAGGUGAAGAUAAUCUCUACGUGAAGCCAAAAAGUUUAUUAUCAAUUAUCGGUCUCACAUGCUACGCACAAACACUGAGAAACUAAGCUCUCAGAUAUUAGUAUUUAUAUAAGUUUCUUAUGUGUGUCUGGCUACAAUUUAUACCAUAUGUAGUGAAUCAUUAUUUUGUUCUUUGGAAAUAACUGUAUCAAUAAAUUGGAGUCAAAUUUUGUGGUGCCAAUGUUUUCUCCUCUACUGUUCUCUA